GCUAUCACAGGAAGCGGAGAUCCUCUCCCUGUGAUAGCCAAACUGAGACUGCUGUGCGCGUCGAAGCGUGACUUUUAAAUAUGUCACGUGACAAGUGUGAGCCAAUAGGAUGUCAUGGAGGCGGAGAAUCUCAUUCUAUGGCAAAUCUCAUUCUAUGGCCCUGCCCAAUAUACUCAGAUAUACUGUUCUACAGUAUCACACAUAUUAGACGGACACCUGAGAGCUGUCUAUCCAUGCUUCUUUAUUUGCAGGGAGGAGCUACAAGUCACUAUAGAAUUAUGUUUCCUUUAGCUCUAUAGAUAUACUUAGAAACACUGUUUUACAGUAUCACAUAAAAUUGGCUGCAGCCAGUAUCACACAUAAUAUACUUUCUAUAAUAUCAUCACAUCAUAUGCUUGAGAGGGGCAGAGAGGAGCUGUACACUAUUCAUGAAUGCUUCCUUUCCACUCUCGGAGCAUCCUGCAGUGCUGAGCGCUUAGACGUGUGUGCGGCCUCAACGCCAAUCACACUCCGCAGCGCUCUCGCCUAUUAUUCUGAGACGUUAUUUGAGGAACGGAAGGGGGUGUGUGUGGAAACUGGCCAAUCCUGCCAAGGGUUUGCUACUCUGGCAGGUCUUUGUACUAUUACAGAAUAUCGGAGUUUACAAAUUUAGAGCCUACCAUUUCCCCUGUUAACCGCCGCCCAUAAGACCCUGUUUCCGCUCUUCCUGCUUUACCACGUGUGUUCCCUGUUAGGUCGCAACGCUUGUGGAAGAUGGUGGGGGACUCUGAAAUUCGCUUGGUUCAGUUUGGAGGAAGCAGAAUAAACUACUGCAGACCUCUACUAUCAGAGGACAACAAGUACCUUAUCUGUGUCUCAGGCAACUCAAUCAAAGUUUUAAGCACUAUAACAGAGGAAUGCAUACAUGUGUUAUGGAGUCACAGGGAUUUGGUUACUGGAAUUGAACUCAAUCCAAAUAAUCUUCUACAGCUCUACUCAUGCUCUUUGGAUGGCACAGUUAAGUUAUGGGACUUCAUUGAUGGUAUUCUAAUAAAGACUUUCGUAGUUGGGAAGAAAGUGUUCGGCCUGUAUACAAUUUCGAAAAAGGAUUGUGUGUGUGUUAUUACUCCAAUUGAGGACUAUUCAGAAACCUUUAAGUUGAUGUCUUUAAAGCUACCCAAGUCCACAAGACAAGAAUGUGACGCAACAGAACUGACAGUACUAUUUGCAGACGUCAGUCAGUCGCCAAAAUCUACAGCUGUUGGAAGAAAUGGCGAGUAUAUUGUUACAGUGAAAGGACUUAUUCUCUUCGUCUAUUAUUUCAAAAACGAAAAGAUAUUAAGAUUUCCAUUGAGUGCUACAAGUAAGAGAGGAGCAAAUAAUAUAUUCACUGUGGUCACAUGCCAUCCUGUUGAAGACUGCAUUGCUACAGGACAUAAAGAUGGCAAAAUAAGGCUAUGGAGAAAUUUUAACCAUAAGCAAGGCUACACUUACUCUUCUCUGCACUGGCAUCAUGAUUCUGUUGCUGACUUGGCCUUUUCUGCUCAAGGUACCCUGUUAUUUAGUGGUGGCGUUGAAUCGGUGUUGGUCCAGUGGUCUCACAGUUUAGAACACAAGAAAGAAUUUCUUCCUCGUCUUGGAGCAGCUAUUGAACACAUUGCCACUUCACCCGAUGGUUCUUUGUUAUGCACAUCCCAUUUGGAUAACAAGAUUACAAUCAUUGAUGCUAGUUUAAAAGUGACGGGAAUUAUCCAAGGCCUAGUGAAAGGAAAUGAUGUAAAGACUGGCUUGAUAUUUGAUCCUAGAACCAAAGCUUUAGUUCUAAAUGGGAAACCAGGUCAUCUCCAGUUUUACUCGCUACAGGAUGAUAAACAGCUUUAUAAUCUGGACAUAGUACAGCAAGAGUUUGUCAAUCAGACCACAAUACAGCAUGUUGAUUUGGUGAAGGCUGCAUUUGAUGCGAAGGGAAACUGGCUAGCAACUGUUGAAGAGUUAGAAAGAAAUGGAACAGAUCAUCUAGAAGUGCAGAUGAAGUUCUGGGAAUACAACAUCCAACUGCAGAGCUUUGCCUUAAACACCACAAUAAAUUUGCCUCACGAGGAUCAAAUCACAUGUAUUUCUUUCCGAUGUGGAUGUGAUUCGGAAAAAGAUAGCCCCACUUUGGUAACUACAGGAAAUGAUGGCCUAUUCAAAGUCUGGACAUUGGAGGACAAUUCUUACAUAUCCCGGCAAACCAGUGGCUGGACCUGUGAUUUUCUUGGCAGCUACCAUGGAUUUAAAGCUACUGCUUGCAGUUUCUCUGAAGAUGGGUCUCUUCUUGCUGUCAGUUUUGAAGACAUAAUAACUAUAUGGGAGUCUAGUUCUUGGGAAUUAAAACAUACCUUCUGUGAACCACCUGGCAAAAUAAGAAACUUAUGUUUUGGAAGGAUGAGUUCUUCAAAGUAUCUUCUAGCCUCAACUGACAAUGGAUUCAUAACUUGCUGGGACUUACUUACUUGUAAUUUAACAUGGAAGGCACAACUCAAUGCUUUUGUUCUUCAACCUGACUGUGCUUCAGAAAAUAUUGCUGCAUUUUCAUUUAUCUCUGGAAGCUCAACCAUGUUUAUUUUCAACCCUGCUGAUCCUGUACCCCUGUAUGUCCAUGCGGAUGUCUGCCAAGGCUGUGUUCAAUGGGCUCUGUUUGUGCCAAGAGAUGAACCUGAAGUUUUGCCUUUAAAAGGACAAAGAUGGUUAAAUAAAUCUCAACUGUAUUUCCUCACAGGAAACCAGGAACUGAUGACAUUUAGCACAAAAUCUUCAGAAGAAAGUUUGAAACCUUUAUGCAAGCAGUUGUCAGCAGGAGAGUUUUUACCUUUUACUCCUUUCUUCAUGUUGAUGGAAAAAAAAUGGCAACAAAAACAGGUGGAGACAAUGCAACUGCAGGAAUUUGUUUCAACUGGUUGCAAAACUCCAGAGUCCUUUGCUGUUAAAGAGCUUCUUCACACUCCAGCUCACGUAUUACCACCUGCAGUCAUUUUGUGUUCCUUAUUGGUGGAUUCCUUACUGAUUUUCCAGCAACACAAAAGUACAGAGAAUUAUAGCAAAGACCUAGAUGUGGAAAGUGAAAGUGCAGAAGAGGACUCUGAUGAAGACACCAUGAAGACUGAUGAUCUCUCUAAGGCUACAGAAAGUCAUAUCCUUCCUGUUCAUUCCUCUGAAACACCUCAUAAACUCCUAAAGUCUGAGCAAAAAGAACUAAGAAGGAUAAGAAGAGGAGAUUUUUCUUGGGUGCCGGUUUUGUAAGAUUGUCAUAUACAUUUCUAAUUUCUUGUUGUUCGUUUUUUGUUCCCGCCCCCCACUUGAUUUAAGAACACUUUUUGUAUGAAUACUAUCACUCAUCUGUAAAAAUUUCUUCAACAUAACUGUUCAACAUACUUAUGGCAAAGUUAACACUGCUUUUAGCUGUCAUUCAAUAAAAAAUAGCAUGUAAGAA